AUGUCAGAACCUAUACUACCUUCAGGAGCAGGUUACGGAGUUGGGAUCGGCCUUCUCUUCAGUCUGUUGAUGAUAUGUGUUACGGGGAUACAAGCCAGAUACACCACAUACUCGCCAAAGGACUCUGAAGAGUUCACAAGUGCAUCUCGCAGCGUUAAGCCGGGACUCAUCGCAACGGGAAUUGUAUCUGCAUGGACCUGGGCGGCUACACUGGUUAGUAUAAGUGGACCAUGGUGGUAUGGAGCGGGUGCUACGGUCCAAAUUCUUCUGUUUGCUAUGCUGGCCGCCAAACUGAAAAUGAACGCUCCCUACGCUCAUACAUGGCUCGAAAUUGUGGCGGCACGUUGGGGAAAGACGGCUCACAUUGUCUUCAUGUUUCUUGGGUUCUCUACGAACCUCAUCGUCAGCUCCAUGUUGAUUCUUGGAGGUUCUGCCACUGUAAAUGAUCUCACUGGAAUGAACACCAUAGCCGCAUGCUUUCUGAUUCCACUGGGAGUCGCACUAUAUGUAAGGAUUGGAGGCAUGCGAUCGACACUGCUUUGUGACUACACACAUACAACCAUUCUUUUUGCUAUUACACUGACCUUCAUAUUCACUGUAUAUGCUGUGAGCGACAAGAUUGGUAGCCCUACACAGAUGCACGACCUGCUGGCUGCUGUGUCGCUGCAAGACCCGGUACCUGGAAACGCCCAUGGAUCUUAUUUGACCAUGCGUUCAAAGAAUGGCUUGAUAUUCGGGGUAAUAAACCUUGUCGGAAACUUUUCAACAGUAUUUCAAGACCAAGCCUAUUGGCAAAGAGCUAUAGCCAGCAGACCCGCCAGCACAGUGAAGGCUUAUUUACUCGGUGGCCUCGCAUGGUUCUCCAUUCCAUUCACGUUUGCUACGACUCUCGGACUGGCGGCUGUUGCCUUGAAAGGGAGCCCCGGUAUGAGAAUUCUUACUCCAAGUGACGUAUCAGCUGGCCUUCCGGCGUCUGCAGCUGCAACGGCCCUUCUUGGAAAGGCAGGAGCCGCAUGUCUUUUACUAGUUUUGUUUUUGGCAGUUACAAGUGCAUGUUCAGCGGAACUCAUAGCGGUGUCGUCGUUGCUAACAUACGACGUAUACAAGACGUACAUAAAUCCCAAAGCUACAGAUGCCCAGAUUCUGAAAGUGGGUCAUGCUAUGGUUCUAAUUUACGCUCUCGGGUGCGGCGUGGCUGGACUUGUGUUCUUCUAUAUAGGCGUGUCAAUGGGAUGGUUAUAUACAUUUAUGGGAGUGAUUCUAGGAUCCGGCGUCGUCCCAAUCGCAAUAUGCAUUACGUGGAGAAAGGCCAAUAAGUGGGGCUGCAUAUCAGGCACGGUCAUUGGCUUUGUAGCUGGUGUAAUUGCAUGGAUUGUCACGACAUCCAGAUUAAACGGGGGAGUUAUCAACGUCACUACUACCGGUGGUAGCCUCGAGAUGUUGGCUGGAAAUUUAGCCUCAAUUUUGACAGGUGGAAUCAUAUCCGUUACAGCGUCAAUUAUGUGGCCGGAGAAUUUUGAUUGGGUUGCAACUCGAGCGAUUAACCAACCUCGCCCCAUCUCGGUCGAGAUGGAUUCAAUGAGAAGUGCUACUUCGGACAUGGCAAAAAUGCGCCCUGCAAGCUCCAUUGAAACCGACGUCCAAAGUAUAUCAGGAGAUUCAUUUAAUGAUCAGAUAGAAAAAAUGGAGCUUGAUCCGGUAAAGCUCAAAAAAGCGUUUCAGUUUGCGUCCUGGUCUUCCUUGUCAUUGUUUGUAAUUUUAAUUUUAGUGAUACCGCUUCCCCUAUUCUUUUCCAGAGUGGUAUUUGGAAAGUCAGGCUUGACUGCCUGGGUCAUAAUGGGGGUUGCAUGGACUAUAUGCUCAGCCGUUGUUGUUAUUUUAUACCCAUUCUAUGAGAGCCGGGACGCUUUGGAGCAAAUUUCGAAGCAAGUAUUAAAGGAUUUGUUUGGAAAAUCCAACAGACAUGUAACCCACCUUGCUGAUAAUCGAGUAGGAGUAGUGUAA